AGGAUUUUGACCUUACGGCUAUGUGCCGUUUUCUCAACACUUUCUGCUUAAUUGUUGCUGCGAGUGACGUUGUCAAAGACAAUGAGACAGAAAUCCAUCGCCACGCUCUGCUUUAAGUUGUUAACGGUGAAUAUGGCUGGCAUUAUAAGGCUCAGUCCGUGUGGUGCGUAGAAUUUUUGGAUAAAGUACAAGAGAACGUGAACGCGGGUUCAAGGCUGUUAUAUUUUAACGUUAUGUUGACAGUACAGUUACUUGAAACUAGUGAAUAUUACUCAAGCCAUCAAAGUGAUUAAUGUUAUAACUAUUUUAUUCGCGAUGUGACGUUUGUGUAAAAUCACAAGAUGCUGCUCAGCGAAACACUUUAUUAUUGCUAAAAGUGAAACUGAGCUAUUGGGACCAUGUCCCGAAACAGUGAUAUAUCAUUUCAUUCAGCAACUCAAACUUGUGUAGGCCAGACUAGCCUAAUUUGUAUUUGGCUGGUGUAAAAAUUAGCCUUUUUACUAAAAACGAAAAAAAAAAACAGCUAAAUUAUUUAUAUACUGUACAAUAAAUGCACCCAAAGUCGACUAAUCUAUAAUACUAAUACAAUGGUUUAUGUAUGUACAAGUUAUUUGUUGUGUAGUGUUGUGUUGGGGUUGUAUAGUGUUGUGCCAACCUUUGCCAAGUAUGAGAAAUCGCAAGUUUGCCCAAGUAUUAAGUUGCGUGAUGUAGAUUACAUGGAAGAAUUGGAAAAUUGUACAAUUGUGGAAGGAAAUUUAGAAAUAACUUUAAUGGAAUUUCAGCCACAUACCUACCCUAAACUAAGAGAAAUAACAGGUUACAUGCUGCUUUAUCGUGUUCAUGGUUUGAGAACAUUAAGUGAUGUGUUUCCUAAUCUAGCGGUAAUCCGAGGGGAGAAUAUCAUGUAUAAUUAUGCCUUGGUUGUUUAUGAGAUGCCCGACUUGGAAGAAAUUGGACUGACAAGUUUGUCUGUAAUAAUGAGAGGAGCAGUUCGAUUGGAGAAGAAUAAUAAACUAUGUUACAUCAAUACUGUUGAUUGGUCUCGAUUAACGGCAACAGCUAAAUCUGAAGAUAAUCUUUUUCUCAAUAAUAGACAUGAAUCAGAGUGUGUCAAUAUCUGUCCAAAACACUGUCCAAAAUUGCCUGGUAAAAAAGUACAACAUUGUUGGAACGCCGAUAGUUGUCAGGUCUAUAUUGAUUGUCCUUGUAAAUUUUGUAUUGCUAAUACGAAAGAAUGUUGCCAUCCAAAUUGUACAGGAGGAUGUACAGGACCAUCAAUUAAAGAUUGUGUGGCAUGUAAAAAUGUUUUGUAUAAAAAUGAAUGUAGAGAAACCUGCCCGGAUAAUACGUAUAAGUGGAAAAAUAGAUUAUGUUUAACAAAAAAAGAAUGUAACAGAAAGAUGACACCAAAAAGAGGCAAUAAAAAUGAAUGGCAUUAUAAAACUCUUGAGUCUGAUCUUCUGAAUAACAAGACAGAAAAGAUAUGUGCUAAAGAAUGUCCUACUGGUUAUACUAUAGUUGAUAGUCGAUGUGUCAAAUGUAAAGAUCAGUGUCCUAAAGAAUGUUUAGGAGGUAUUGUUGAUAGCAUUGAUUCAGCGCAGGUGUUUAGUGGAUGUACUAUUAUUAAUGGGGCAAUAGUAAUACAGAUAGACGGAGGCAGUAACAUUGGUAUAGAGCUUGAAAAUAGUCUGGGUGCUAUAGAGCAAGUGACAUAUUAUAUAAAGAUAGUAAGGUCUUAUCCAAUUCUGUCGCUACAUUUCUUUAAAAACCUCAAAGUUAUUCAUGGACGAGGUCCAGGUGGUACUAAUACAGAAGAGAUUAAGAAUUACAGUCUAAUCGUUGUGGAUAAUCCUAAUCUAAAGGAACUAUUCUUACCUAAAGUUUCAAAAAGACUUAAAAUGAAGAGAGGAAAGGCUAAGUUUCACUACAAUCGUAAAUUAUGUUACUGGAAAAUCAAGGAAUUUUUAACAGAUGUUGACCUGGUCAAUAGAACCACAAAAAAUGAUGUUAAUCCUGACUCAAAUGGUGAUUCUAUUCCUUGUGAGGUUACCACAUUAAAUCUUCAAGUAGAAAAAAUAUCUGCUAAAGAAGCUAUAUUAAGAUGGGAUAAAUUUACAUUAGCUGAUGAACGAAUGUUAUUUAGUUAUGUUGUUUAUUAUAGAAAAGUAACAUCAAAAAGUGUUGACAUAUUUCAAGGAAGAGAUGCUUGUUCUCAGUCAGUAUGGAAAAACUUUGAAAAAGAACCUGAUAAAGAAAAAGAUCCAAAUUAUAUGAUAGGUUUGAUGUAUAAUCUAACCCCAUGGACCUUGUAUGCAACUUAUAUACAACCAUUUACUGUCGGUUCCGCACCAAAAUCAGCCAUUUCUAAUAUAGUUUACUUCAGAACUAAACCUGACAAACCAUCAAGACCAACAAAUUUGAAAAUAUUAGCUAAAGAUAAAGGAGAAUUACAGGUUCGAUGGAAUCCACCAGAUGAACCAAAUGGAAACGUAACACAUUAUUUAGUUUAUUGGAAGCUGCAAGCGUUAGCGCAUGAAGAUUUUGAUCAGAGGGAUUAUUGUUUAGAACCUAUUGUUGGGAAUAGUAACAAGAAUAAAGCUAAAGAAAGGUUUUUGGAAGAAGAAGAAGCAGGCAAUAAAACAGUCACAGAUGAAAAUAGCUGCUGUACUUGUCCAAAAUCAAAGAAAGAAAUUGAAGAAUCUAAGAAGAAUCGAUUAAAUCAAAUUGAAUUUGAGAAUCGUCUGAGAGAUAUUUUUAUUAAAAAAGUGCCUCAUUCUAAAGCUCUGAAAACUGUUGUUGAUAAAGAAAUGAAUGUCCACAAAUUAUUUGAUCGAAAUAAAAAACUCCGUCAAAGGCAACAAAAACCAUCAGAAUCGGACAUUGAAAAAGGGAAGAGGCGAUAUACUGCAGACAGUCCAAAAGUCAAAGAGAAAAUAAAUAAAAUAGUAAAUGCAGAAAUGAAUGAAACUUUAAACGGGAUUAUUAAUGGAACGUUUAAUGGAACAGUUAAUGGUACUAAUGAAGAAAAUAUAACAGAAGAUACAAGUCCAGAUUUUACUGCCAUGCAAGCCAUAGUUUAUGGUACCAAUAUAAUCAUUCCUAAUCUCGGACAUUUUGAAAUUUAUCAUAUCACGGUAUUGGCUUGUUUGGAAACAUUGCAAAAUGGUAAUUACCUUUGUAGUGACGCCUCAGGAUCAACUAUCGGUAUUGGUAAAACACUUGCGUCUCCCACAGCAGAUAAUAUUAAUGAUACAACUGUACAAGUGAGGAUAAAUAAUACCAGUGAAGUUAUAAUAACCUGGCAAUCUCCACCCAAUCCAAAUGGAUUAAUUAUAACAUUUGAAGUGGAAUAUAAAAUAAUCAAUCCAAAUAAUAUUAAUCCUGUACGUAUUUGUUUACCCCAUAAAAAAUAUCGAGAAAUAAAUGGGUACCGUUUUGAAAAAGUAACACCAGGCAAUUACACGUUUAAAAUACGGGCUACAUCUUUAGCUGGAAAUGGAACUUGGACUGUACCUAAAUAUUUUCAUAUAAAACCCCCAACAGAUGAAAAAGUUUUAAUGGGAACAGUUAUAGCUGUAAUAGUGAUAGUAGUCAUACUGGUCAGUAUCAUCAUAGGUAUUGUUGUAUGGUUUGUUGCAAAAAGCAAAUUUUCUAAAGAUCAGGAUAUGACAACAGUAUCUAUAAACCCAAGUUAUAUGCCUACUGCUGAUGUGUAUAUUCCUGAUGAAUGGGAGAUAGAACGAGAUAAAAUCAAGUUUAUUAAGGAGUUAGGUCAAGGGUCAUUUGGUAUGGUGUGGGAAGGUAUUGCUAAAGAUAUACAACCUGGUGUAAGAGGAAGCAUCCGAGUAGCUGUAAAGAUUGUAAAUGAAGAUGCUAAUUGGUAUGAUAAAAUGAACUUUUUAAAAGAGGCUUCCAUAAUGAAAGCCUUUAAAUGUCACCAUGUAGUAAAACUACUGGGUGUUGUAUCUAAAGGACAACCAGCUCUAGUUAUAAUGGAGUUAAUGGCAAAUGGUGACUUAAAAAAUUUCCUUAGAUCUCAUAGACCAGAUUCUGAAGUGAAGAAACUAAAAAUGUGGAUAUUUUUCAAGGAAGAGAUGCGUGUUCUCGAUCUGAGUGAGUUGUGA